UGUCAAUAUUAAAAAAAUAGCUGUCUUUCUUUUGGUACAAUACCUGUAAAAAAUUGUGCUUGUACAUUUUUCUGUCAUGGGUGGAAAUAAUACUGAAGAUGUGGAGGGGUCUGCGUCUACUGAGACCAAAUCCACUAGCAAUACGGAGAUUCCCCCCGAGUUCCUCAUCAAGCACCCGCUACAAAACACUUGGAGCCUUUGGUUUUACGACAAUGACAGGAACAAAACAUGGGAAGAGAAUUUAAUUGAACUCACCACAUUUGACACAGUGGAAGAUUUUUGGAGAUUAUACCACCAUAUUAAACUACCCUCAGAACUGCGUCAAGGUCAUGACUAUGCAGUAUUCAAGCAAGGCAUCCGUCCUAUGUGGGAAGAUGACGCAAACAAAAUGGGUGGCAGGUGGCUCAUCAGUUUGGAGAAGAAGCAGCGCACUUCUGAUCUCGACCGUUUCUGGUUAGAUGUGGUACUACUCCUGAUUGGUGAAAAUUUUGAACACCCAGAAGAAAUCUGCGGAGCAGUCGUGAAUGUCAGGGCAAAGAUUGAUAAGAUUGGAAUAUGGACUGCCGAUACAUCGAAACAGUAUGCUAACCUAGAAAUUGGUAGAAAAUUGAAAGACCAGCUUGGCAUUCAUGGAAAAAUCGGCUUCCAAGUACACAGAGACACCAUGGUUAAGCACAGUUCAGCUACGAAGAAUCUAUAUACUGUUUAGUGAUUUUAGUUACUUUUAUGUCGAACCUAACGAUGGUGGUAUGGGAUAUCAAACAAAAGGGCAGUUGCUGGCGAAUUCUGAUGUAUACAUUCAUCGAAUCUUGCAUCUGCCCUGUUGUAAACAAAUCUCAUAGGCUACUGUUAUGUUACUAAAUAUAUUAAACAAUUUAUUUAACAGAAGUAGGUGUAUUUUAGGUUGGAAUUUUCGUUCUCACAUAUGUAUUAUCGUUUACGACGUCCUUUCGUUGACGCAAUUUGUUAUGGACUAAUAAAAUUGGAGUCUGAUAUUUACUAAGCUGUGCUUGAGUAUGUAUGUCCUUAUCACAUAGUUGUAAGUUUGUAUUUUAUUCUGCUGUUGCGGUACAGGAGUGUCUAAAUAUAUGCCUUGCAUACGAAUGUGAGGCGCCGACACAAAGAAAUGUUGAGUUACAGUGGGCUGUCUUAUGGGUUUGUUGGUUUUACAGUAUCAUGUUGAGUGCAGGCCACAGAUAAUAUAAUCCAUUCAAUUACUUUAAAUGACCAUGUGCCAGAUCUUAUUCUUAUUUCGAUAUAUGUACAUUUUUAUAUACAUUACUUGUGACUAUGUAUGCUGGUUAUGUAUAGGAUUAGAGAGAAGAAAAUUGUCUUUGUAAUAUUUGUAUGUAUAUAAACUUGCGUACAUAGACAUGUGUAAUGUCUAUAA